AUGCGUAGUCUCGACGAUGCCAGAGUGGCAUGGGACGAGCUGAGGCAGUACAAGCGUACCAAGGACCUGAAAGAGGCAGUCCGACUCGAUGGCGACUCUUCCCUCGCCACGGCCGGCGGAAGGUCUGCGUGCUGGAAGGUGUUCCUCCUCUUCGACACCCUUGAUACAUCGUCGUGGAUACGGACGCUAUCAUCAGCUCGCUCGGCGUACAACUCGCUCAAGUCACACUUUCUUCGCCACAUCGAGAACCCAGACGAGCUGACAUCGGGCUACGACCCUCUAAGUGGUGAAAGCGACCUAAGUCAUGACAAGUCUUCACCGUGGACGCAACUGCACAAGGACGAGGAGCUUCGUGGCGAGAUACUGCAGGACGUCGUCCGCUGCAUGCCCGAGAAUCUAUAUUUCCGCCAGCCGGAUACUCAACGCGCCCUCACCGAUAUCCUGUUCGUCUUCUGCAAGCUCAACCCUGAUGUUGGAUAUCGGCAAGGCAUGCACGAGCUCCUGGCGCCUAUCUUGUGGGCUGUCGAGAGGGACGCCAUAGAUCUGGGCCAGAGCAGCAAGGCAUUGGGCGAGGAUGCUGUCAUCAAAACCAUGUUCGACUCGGAGCACGUGGAGCACGACACCUUUGCCCUCUUUGGCCAAGUAAUGCAGAGUGCCAAGGUGUUCUACGAGCAGACGACUUCGGACGGCAAUGAAAAUCCGAUGGUCUCUCGCAGCCGCCGCAUAUUCAGUGACAUGCUUCCGCAGGUGGACGAGAAGCUGGCCACACACCUGGCGCGCAUUGACAUUGUGCCACAGGUCUUUCUAAUCAGAUGGGUUCGGCUAUUGUUUGGGCGCGAGUUCGCCUUCGACGAGAUGCUCACCAUGUGGGACGUCAUCUUUGCCGAAGACCCAUCACUUGAAGUCGUUGAUCAUAUAUGCAUUGCUAUGUUGCUGCGCAUACGCUGGGACCUCAUUGAGGCAGAUUACAACGUAGCAUUAACGCUGCUACUGCGGUAUCCCGAGCCAGGGACACAACUUCCGGCACAGACUCUGGCUCUGGAUGGCUUGUACUUGCGCGAACAUAUGGACUAUCACAGCGGGAGCUAUCUGGUGUCGAAGUACACUGGAAAACCAUUGGAACAAGCCGGCCGACCUGUUACGCCUCCAGCAUUGCAGCGCAACAUCACAACUAUGGCGGUAGCAACAAAGGCAUCAGCCACAUCGCCUACUCGAUCUCCAGGUCCUAAUCGAAACCUUGAGAGCGUCUUUCAGUCUACCGCACGCAACAUAUACGCCCGAGGAGAAAAGCUGGGCAUCGGCAAAGUCGUCCGCAGUGCUGUUGAUGAGGUCCAUAAGAAGGCUCAAGAGAUCAGAGACGCUCAAACUCCAGCAACACCGCCUCCGUCGUGGCGACAACGAGGCACUUCUCGGACCUCCCUCGGAGCUGAACCAUUGCUCACAAGGGUGCAAACAUUAGAGGUCCGGAGCAGACAGCUUGCCAAGCUCCUUGAAGGCGCCGUCAGCGAACUUUGGGAGUAUCAAAGAGCAGCUUCAGAGAGCGCCAUGACUGAUGCUGAAGCUCAGAAGGCAGGUCUGGAGCAGCUAAGUGUUGCCAUCGCGAAGGUGCAAUUCAUCCAGGUGUAUCUUGACGACCCUGGCAUGCCGUUGCCACAGGAGGCCGAAACUACGGGAGGCUCGCCCCAGGCCGCGAGUGAAGGUGCUUCGCAGGCUGUCGGUCCCGAGAUUGAAGGAGUCGAAUCGACUCCGGCUUACUCGCGAACAGGCACUCCUGUUGCUACUGCUGGCAGAACUGAAGCUAUCGAAGGCCGAGGGUCGAAUCUGGACGAAGCUCAACCACCCAAGUCGAGUGUAGAAGGCCUCCUGGAUCCAGAAUCGUUUGCAGAUCCUUCCCUUACCGAGACAGGUGCUCCUGGAUCGGUAAAGGUAUCCCCGGAAAUCGUUGUGCAAGAGGACAAUGCGGCCUCAAUCACGAGCGAGAAGCCUGACCAACCCAGCAACAAGGAUCAGCAGCGCCCAACGCCGCUCUCUUCUGCUAGGCCUCGUCUCGAACAAAGCUCGCUUUCCUGGAUGCUUGAUCAGCAAGGCAGCAAAUUACGACAGCCUUCGCCUUCCGCUUCUGGUCGGGAGCAGGCAAGGUUCAGAAGUUCACUAUUUGGUACAGCUCGAGCGGACGACACGGUAUCCGGCGACAGCAGCAGACGGGUGAGUGGCGAAAUGAUACGUGGACAACCGCUAGGUGAGCCGAAUGUGCAAGAGGACGCAGGCUUCGACAUGGGAAGUUUGCGGCACAGCAAAGGGAGGAAGACUUGA